CACGCAGGAUUUGUUCCGCUCAUCGUCCAAGUUCUUGCACAAGGCCACCAAUGGACGCGUGUACUUCAAGCACGUGACCAUCGAAGUUCCCAAGACUUGGCCGAAGAGAGCCAGUGCCCGUGCACUGUCGUCCGGCUUCUUCGAAAAGAGUGACGUCCGCGUCGACCAGCCCAGUGCACUUCACGGAGACAAGCCGUUCACCAUGCAGAAGAGGCGGUGCGGUGAACCCGGAGACUUCAUUCAACUGACGCCCGCGUUUCUGGCCACCAUUGGCAACUCCACGGCGAAAAAACUGGUGAACCCAGCGUACGUGAUGGUGCACGAGUGGGCCCACUACCGUUACGGCGUUUUCGACGAGUACGGCAGCGUGGACGACAGCCGCUACCCGCUCACUUACUGCCAUGCCGGCAAGGUGAAGCUGAACGCUUGCUCGAGCAGGAUCAGCUUUACUGCACGUAUGACCAACGAAGCAAAUUGUACAAUGGACGAGAAGUGCCGUUUCAACGAGGGAUGCGUAGUCACAGUUUACCAGCCGGUCAAGAAUCCCGUCGAGUCAUCUAUCAUGUUCAUGCCGUACUUAGCCAAUGUGAGCCAGUUCUGCGACGACAAGGACGGAUCGAAUGUCCACAACCCAUUCGCCCCAAGCAAACAGAACGUUCUGUGCAAACAACAGUCCACUUGGAAAGUUAUCAGUUCGAACGCUGACUUUCAAAAACUUCCUAGGCCAGACCCAUCCAAGUCUAUACACGUGACCUUCGAAGAGGCCCAGCAGAAGGAAGACCUCGCGCCACGCGUCGUCCUGGUACUGGACGUUUCGGGCAGCAUGGACGACUACAAGCGCCUACACUUUCUUAAGGAAGCCGCGACACGCUACAUUGGAGACAUCAAAGACGGUUCGCGUCGACUGGCCAUCGUCACGUUCAGUUUCAACUCCCACGUGAAGCACACCCUGAUGCCGGUGAAUGUUAACUCAAGAAAUGGGUUCCUGAAUAUCAUACGCAGACUGAACGCAAAUGGGGGCACCUGUAUCGGGUGCGGCCUUGAAAGCGCUCUAGAGCUGCUGACAACCGUCAGUGAAACGCCGGAGGGCGCCGUCAUUGUACUCAUGAGCGACGGAGAGGAGAACCAGGACCCAACCAUUGCCGACGUGCUGCCCAAGGUUAUAGCCUCGAAAGUCGUAGUCAGCACCCUGGCUUUGGGAGCCACGGCUGACCACAGACUCGAAGAGCUGGCCACUUCGACGCGUGGAAAGGCCUUCGCCUUUCGCGACCUGAAGGGAAACCUUGUGGAAGAACUCGAGGCCGCCUUCGUGUCGUCUACUACGAGCCAGCACGACCCCGUGUCUCGAGCUCACACGCUGUUGGAGUCCGAGGAAGAGUUCACCAGGGUGUUCGAGAAGAAGUUCCACGUGGACGCCGACGUAGGCAACGCGACGAUGGUUCGCGUGACGCGGAACCUCCCGCAAACGGGUACCAUUGAAGCCCGUCUCACGGAUCCCAGCGGUCAGCCGUGCCAGAAGUGCCAAAAAACGGUGAACGGAAAUGAGGUCGUCAUCUCCAUACCGAGUCCCGCAAAGGUCGGUACCUGGACUCUCCACGUGGAAAGCUCGAGCUCCAGCAACGUGGAAGUCAGCAUCAGCGUCAAGUCACAGGCCAGCAAGGCCAACGACGAGCCCAUCCGAGUCUCGUGCGAAAUGGCCGGCUUGCUGGUGGACAAGCCAGACGGAGCCGUCAUCUAUGCCAAGGUGACCAAGGGAACGAAGGUAGUCUUGGACGCCGUUGUCUUCGCCACGGUCUACCGUCCCAAGAGGUCGAACGAGCCGCACACGGUCACAAUACCUUUGUACGACAAUGGGCGAGAUCCCGACACUCAAGCCAACGACGGAACGUACAGUGGAUACUUCGUUCAGUUCACGGGCAAAGGUCGCUACGCUGUGACAGCGCACGUUUCGCGCCAGAAAACGACGCGGCUGGCUGACCCACGAAGUGGCUCUGGUAGCUUCUUCAGCACAACAUUGUUUUCUGCGAGCAGCACAACAGCGCCGUCCACGACGACAGAGGCAGGGACGGAAACUGGCGCGAUUGAACCGGCGUCCGAGUACCCUAUCACCGACUUCAAAAUGGUAAAUUCGACGGGCCAAGCCACCAACACAACAGGCGAUGAGGCGGUGGAGCCAUUCGAGAGGGUGGCAUCCGGAGGGUCCUUCCAAGUGACGGAGGACAUUGUGCAGAAACAGGUGCCUCCAGGAGACAUCCGGGACCUCGCCAUCACUGGAAUACACCCGGGAGCGAACGGCUCCAUGGUCGUGGAACUCACGUGGACUUGGCCCGGAGCUCAAUUGACGUACGGGAACGCCUCAGGCGUGGAGAUUCGAGCCAGCAGAGAAUUCGGCGUGCUAAGCUCAGCAUUCGAGAAGCAAACCAAAAUCACGGAAGCCGACGUCGUGCAAGGCAAUCUCGAUCCGCUACCCCCCGGCGCCAAGCACACCGUCAGCGUGCACCUACCCCGCAUACUGUCCACGCUGCGUCCGGACGGUGCCCUGGACUGGAGCGGAUACCUAGCGGCUCGCGUCACAAACGCCGACAGUCUUCAUUCCAAGACGUCCAACGUCGUUCAAGUGUCCCAUACUGCACCACCUGUGACGACCACGGUGGCUACAACAACGACGGAAGUGACGACCACGGUGGCUACAACAACGACGGAAGUGACGACCACAGUGGCCACAACUACGCAAGCUAGCACCACCGAGGAAGCGACGACCACGGAAGUUCCCACUACCGUUCCACCAUUGACAGGCGGGGAGUCAUCGCGCUUUGUCGUGUCACACUGGGUGUGGAUUCUGAUUGGCUGCGUUGCCGCAGCGAUUGUGGUCGCCGCCGUAAUAGCGAUCGUCGUCAAAAUGAACCCAGCGAAACGCAAGAUCUACCGCCUUUUUGUGAGAAAGCCCCGGCAAAGGCCUCAGGCUUCUGCGUAGUGCUUGCGGUGCUUC